AUGGUUAUCGAGAGAGACACAUCCAGCGUCUUAACGGUAACGCCACCCGGCAUCCUCGCGCUUCUUAACGGAACUAACGGCACCGUCUGGUCAUCGCCGUUUACUCCAGCCCCAAAUCCAACAGCAAAUCCAACCGUCCGAUUGCUCGACUCCGGGAAUCUGAUCAUCGAAGAUGCAGACGAUGAUGAUAACUUCCUCUGGCAGAGCUUCGAUUACCCCUGCGACACGUUUUUGGCUGGAAUCCGGCAGGGAUGGAACUACGUCACCGGCAUCGAGACCUACAUUUUGUCGUGGAAAAGCAACGACGAUCGGGCAAAUUCAUGGACCACUUACUCCAACAUGCCGGCGAACAACUGCGACAACUACGAGCUGUGCGGUCCGCACGGCAUCUGCAACGUGGGGACGUCCCCGUCAUGCGGAUGUCUCGACGGGUUCGUGCCGAGAGAACCGGAGAGCUGGGAUGGGACGGACUGGUCGGGCGGGCGCGUGAGGAGGACUGCACUGAGCUGUGAUGGGGAUAAGUUUUUGAAGUACUCUGGGAUCAAGCUGCCAACACUAGCAACAAUAACGAGAGGAGGAGCCUUGCAGAGUGCCAAAUGGAUUGCUCGAGGGACUGUUCAUGUGUGGCGUAUGCGCAGCUGAAUAUCAGCAGAGACGGGAGUGGAUGCUUGUUCUACCAUGCCGACUUGAUUGAUAUCCGAACUCUGGCUUCAGCUGGCCAGGAUCUUUACAUCAGAAUGGCUGCUUCUGAG